AUGUUAGGCAAAACCAUUCUCGUACUCGGUGCAACAGGUGCAUGUGGAGUGGAGUUCUGCAACCAAGCCCUCAAGGCCGGCCACUCCCUGAUCAUCUUCGCCCGCGCACCAAGCAAGUUACCGUCGAAUAUCAAGGACUCGCCAAAUGUGUCUGUCAUCGAAGGUAAAUUUGCAGACGCAAAUGACAGGGAGAAGGCAGCCAAGUCCGGCGCCGACGUGUUGAUUACAUUCAUGGGACCAGUGACAAUGUCCAGCGGCGCGCCUCCCGGGGCCUUCUACAAGGAGUUCCUGCCCCAGGUCAUAGAGAACGGCAUCCAGCGCGCCCUGAUCUUGACUACCCCCUCAUUCCCGCAGCCCCAGGAUAGAGGCGGCCUCAAGUGGACUGCCUCAAAGACGUUGGUCAGGAUAAUUGGCGGCAGCGCAUACUCCGAAAAGAUAGGCAUCGGCGAGACCGUAUCGGCGAUACCCACAGACAGGCUGAGGUGGACUCUGUUCCGCGUCGGCUGGCUGAAUAAUGGUCCCGCCCAGCCCGUCAACGCGACGUACACUGGGUCCGGGGAGGACUCACUUGGCAUAAGCAGGGCCAGCAUUGCGGAGUGGCUUGUUGAGGAAAUCGCGGCGGAGAAGUUUGUGGGCAAGGCGCCGUAUAUCUGCAUGAACUGGCGUGAAAUCUACUACACAUGCGAUCUUCCACGCCCAAUCUCGACCGUCGAUCCCGAGUACACGCUCACGGCCAUUGUUCUCUUCGUCAUACAGACUCUUGUCUUUAUUCCUCGGAUAGUGACCCUGUCGUUCGGCCGGGGUCAAUGGUACAAAGAUGAUAUAUCUUGUGUGGUUGCAUACAUCCUUCUCAUUGCACAAUUCGUCCUUUGUGUACUUGAGGGAGUGGUUGGAUGCUAUGUCCACUUCUGGGACCUGGACUUUGAGAAAAUACCGGAAUUCUACAAGAUCAACUUCGCCCGCGCGCAGCUAUACGCAAUCACGCUGGCAGUCACCAAGAUGUCUAUCCUCUUCUUUUACCAGCGUAUUUUCGAGGGCCCAAAAGUCCAGCGAGUCCUCCGGGCCACACAAUUCUUCAAUAUGGCCCUGGCCGUGGCGUACUUCAUCGCCCAGUGCUUCGUAUCCCAGCCUCUCUACUGCGAGUGGACUUUCAAUCAGGGACCUGAAUGUACUUACCACGACGUCUUUGAUGGCUCCGGGGCAUAUUCGGCGCUGAACGCGGCCUUAGACCUUUGGAUGGUUCUCGUGGCGGCCUUCUUGAUUUGGAAACUGCAGAUGAAGGUCACGAAGAGGCUCGGCGUGAUCGCUAUCUUUGCGACCGGUUUCUUGACAUUCUGCUCAGCACUUUUUCGAUUUGUCAUUUGGCGUCUUUCAGACGCGACCAAGGAAACCACAUUUCCCUCGCUUACUUGGGCAACAUACUACGCCGUCUAUAUUGAACUCACAUGCUGCUUCAUCAUCGCCUGCCUCCCAGCCAUAAGGCAGCUCAAGGAUAAGAAGAUCUUACCUACGAUCAAGGGCUACACCACCCUCAUAUCCAACAAGUACAAAGACAGGUAA